CUCAUAUAGUUCAGGAACUAAUUAGCUAGGCCUAGCGCGCGCGCGCUUUCUGAACUCUCAACAUCAUGUCGAUAGUGGAGAUGAUAGUUCACAUGGACUGUGCCGGUUGCGAGAGCAAGAUAAAGAAAGCUCUCCGGAAACUUGAUGGAGUAAAUGAAGUUGAUAUAGACUUGACCAUGCAAAAAGUGACGGUAAUGGGAUGGGUAGAGCAAGAGAAAGUCUUAAAGACAGUGAGAAAGAUGGGGCGGAGAGCCGAUCUAUGGCCAUAUCCUCAAGACCCAGAAUACUACAACAUUAUGCGCCAGUAUAAUUACCAUCAUCAGCAUCAUGAUCUUCAUGACCAGAAUCAAUCACUGACCUAUUAUGUAUCUUUGCCUGACUCUUCCUACAAUGACUAUAUACAUGGCCAUAGUAGUACUACCGCUCAAUUAGGCUAUGGUUCUUACGAUGAUCAGCAGCCACCGUAUUCAACUAUAUAUCGUGAACAGAAUGAUUGGCAGGCCACCGCCAUAUUCAAUGAUGAAAACCCUCAUGCUUGUUCUAUAAUGUGAUGCCAUGCAUGGCAUAUAUUCUCAUGGGUUUUCAAUGCUUUUGAGGGAAUUAAGAAAGAGUAUUGCCAAAUAUUCAAUCCUGUCUUGCGUAUGUAAUUGGGAUGCAUGGGUUUUAUUGCUUGCAAUGUUUAAAUUACUUUCUUUCCUUUGGGAAUUGGUAGUACAUGUAAAAAGAGUUCAAUGUAAAACAGUGAUGACCGGUGUACAUUCUUGUUCUCAAGUGAAUCUCUCUUGCGAGGCUUUAUACGUCAGAUAAAUUGUGAUGAGAAAAUUAAAGUACGGAAAUAAAAGGAAA